AGGAAGUAAACCAACUGCUACGUAAAGCGAGAAUCUGGUCUGAUGUAUUAAAAACUAAAAAACUAAAACAAAAACAAACCAAAACAAACAAACAGAAACUACUGAAGCAGUAACUAAGGAACGUUGCGCCACGACAUCUUUUAAAAAUUCAGUUUACUUCUCAUUUAUUAUCCGGACCUUCAGUGAGAAAUGGAGAAAAAUAGGAGUCGACUCUUUUCAUCAGUCUCCACUGAGUUCUUGGAGUUUGGCUUGGAAUUCACUGGGUCACCAAAGCACCACUGACCCUAUUUAAGAACAGUGAACAUGCACUUUACCUUCCACCUUAAUUACAGCCUCAUUUCUGUUGAUUUCUGUCAGACUUUUUACCCAUUCUCAUAGCCAAGGAUAUAAAUAUAUUUAUAUAUACAGGAUAUCCCACUUCCUGCCUUAUGCUUCGCUUGGUGAGAAGUUGCACGUCCCCGAUGCCCUGUUUGCCAUAACAUACACUUCUGCUGUCCCGACACCCAAACCUCCACUUUAACCAUGUUCCGCAAGAAAGGUUACGUAAUUAUUUGUGGUGCUGUUUUCUUUGUUGCUUGGAAUGCCGUUCUUUUAAUUGUUUUCUUGGGACGGUUUCCUGGAUAUGAAGGAGGCGAGUCUAUUUCGGAAAAAGAUCCACAAAAGGUCGACAUUGUGGAGAAGUUAGUUAAGUUAAUUAGUUCAUUUGAAACAGAACUCGAGUCCCAGAAUAAAAUCCUUCUCCAGAUCCAGAGCCAUAAGUCACUUUGGGAAGAACUUAAAAAAAACCACACAGCUAUCAGGAAUAUAUUAGGGAACAGAAUUCAUAUCACAAAUGUGAGCAGUAAAUUCCUGCCAUCCCGUGUGGUUAUUCCCAUCUUAGUCAUGGCGUGUAACCGAGUGACAGUGAAACGUUGCUUAGACAAACUCCUCGAGUACCGGCCAUCGGCUGAACUCUUCCCCAUCAUUGUGAGCCAGGACUGUGGACACACGGAGACCGCCGAAGUGAUCGCCUCAUACGGCAGUAAACUGACUCACAUUAAGCAGCCUGAUUUGUCAGAGAUCUCAGUGCCAGCAGGACAUAAUAAAUUCCAGGGUUACUACAAAAUCUCAAGACAUUACCGUUGGGCUUUAAACCAGGUGUUCAACACAUUCUCAUACUCUGCUGUCAUCAUUGUGGAAGAUGAUUUGGAGGUGGCCCCAGACUUCUUUGAGUACUUUAAAGGCCUUUACCCUAUACUGAAAUAUGACCCAACUCUGUGGUGUGUGUCUGCCUGGAAUGACAACGGCAGGGAAGGAUAUGUAGAUUCUACGAAAUCAAGCCUCUUGUACAGGACAGACUUCUUCCCAGGGCUCGGGUGGAUGCUGCUGAAGGAAGUCUGGGAUGAACUUGAACCAAAAUGGCCAGCCUCAUUUUGGGAUGACUGGAUGCGGCAUCCCGAUCAGCGCAAAGACCGGUCAUGUAUCCGUCCGGAAAUCUCUAGAACUUUGACGUUUGGUCGUAAGGGUGUGAGUUUGGGUCAGUUCUAUGACAAGUAUCUCCGCUUUAUUAAACUCAACGCCGAAUUUGUGCCUUUUACAAAUAUAGAUUUGUCUUAUUUGGAGCAGAAGAAAUAUGAUGAAGCUUUUGAAAAGGAGGUUUACAAUGCUCCUUUGGUAACAGUGGAAGAACUGGACAAUGGGAAGCUAUCUGGAAAAGGCCCGUUUCGGCUGCAGUAUUCCAGCUCGCAGAGUUUUAAAAUACUUGCACAAAAGUUUGGGCUCAUGGAUGACUUGAAGUCUGGAGUGCCAAGAGAUGGGUAUCGAGGUGUUGUCAGCUUCUUUUCACAAGGAAAGCGGUUCUAUAUAGCACCACCUGUUGGUUGGGAAAAAUAUAAUCCAAGCUGGAGUUGAGAUGGAAAAACAUCUAUGUAGUCAAUACAAUUGAAUUACUGUAAAACUGUUCCACAGUGAUUUGUCAUGGUUCAAAUGUGUUUAGCAUCCAUGCAUAAAUAAGUUUGAUUUAUCUGGCCUAUAUUUGGAAAUUCACUGUGCAGAUUAUAACAGAGAAGCUUCAAGCGUAAACAUAAGCAACAGUUUGGAAAUGCACAGGCUAAAAAUGACACGAGACCAAAGAGUAUGUUGUAGAGUAGUUCAUUUCCAUAUCUCAGGUCAAUGCUAACAUUUGUUAAUGAAGAGAGACAAAUAUAUAUAUAUAUAUAUCUUCAUUGUUGUGUAGAUUGAUUGUUGGAGUCACACCAAGUUGCCAUUAAAUGUGAUUUAUAAUGAUUAUUUUUUAAAAAUAUGACAGAUAAUCAUCAGACAUGACAGAGGCUUGAUGCAAAUAUUUGUUCUUCACCAGUCACUUUGCAGUCUGAAAUCUCUUUAAAGUGCCUUCAAACUUUGAUAGCUUUGUUUAAAUGAUUAUAUGUGAAAUUAUUAUGACUAAGUGGUGGUGGAUGUUAUGUGUUGUUUUGGGUAAAAGAUGUGGCUUUUCAAUCUAUAUUUGUUGGAGAACAUCAAAUGAUUGCUUUGAUCGCAGUCUUUGCAAAUUUUGGGGUUUAAUAUGUGAAUAUGUGGGGGGAAAUAAAGCAAACAUUUAUCAGAUUUUAA